AUGUUGCGCUUUCGCCCACUCCUCCGAACAAUCUCGCCGGCGCACCAGCUUUACGCGCGUUCCGCAACUCGAGCAUACGCUUCCGAAGUGUCUCCGGGCUCCGGACGCCAGGCAGAUCUAUCCGGGCUUGGUCCGAAGCGUUUCUAUGAUGAGGUCAACAUAGCUCCACAGCCAAACGGAUCAUUUGCCGUCACUGUGGACGGAAAAGUUGUUCGCACUCCAUUACGUUCUGCCCUUACAGCUCCAACCAGCGCCCUGGCUACUGCUGUUGCCGCGGAAUGGGAUGCUCAAGUCGGGCGCCUCCGUCCCGCAUCGAUGCCUCUCACAACCCUUGUCUCUACUGCACUUGACGUCAUACCGAACACCCGCGAUCGCAUUUUCGCUGCUGCCCUGAACUUUUUAGACACAGACACUGUCUGCAUUCGCCCGGACUACCCAUCCGAACUCGUUGAAGCUCAGAAUAAGGUAUUCGCACCUGUCUUGGCUCAUUUAGAAAAAGAGCGGCAUGCCAAGCUGAAUAUUGCUCGAGGUAGUCUCAGUGCACCACAGACAGAUCAAGUGAGGGACACAUUCAGUAGAAUUGUGCGAGAAUUAGAUAACUACAGUUUGGCAGCGAUGGAUCUGGCCGCUGCUAGCUCGAAAAGCAUUGCUGUGGCAAUUGCAUUGAGGGAUGGAGCGGUGAGCGCACAACAGGCGCUGGAGGCUGCAAGAAGCGAGGAGAGGUGGCAAAUGGGAGUUUGGGGAGAGGUUGAGGGUGGGCAUGACCUAGACGAAGCCGAUGCUCUGGUAAGACUGAGUGCUGCAAAUGCCGUUUUUCGAUUUGUUGACAUGGAACCAGAGGCUUUCUUGAAGGCCACAAGCGACACCAAGAAGUGAAGGGCUAUGCGAAUGAGUGAGACGUCAAUCGCAAAAAAAGAGAAUGGAGGGCAUCGUUCCUUGACAUAUUGCACUCUGGACGUGCAAAAAGUGAGUGGAUUUUUCUAUAAACUAACCUCGUGGCAUCACAGCAGUUCCAAAGGAAGAACGGAACAUGUCCCGCUCUUUGCUGUUUCCAAUGACGGGUGCUCUGGAAUCAGCGGUUGCAGAGAUGGUCUUGUCGUCGAACACGGAAGCAGGUGACUUGGUCGCAGGUGAUGGACUCGGGCAGGGCGUUCAGUCGUUGCACAGUCUGUGAUAAAAAAGGGAGACAAAUUACCGGA